AUGGAAAGGAUUUGGCUAUCAUGGAAUGUCAGGGGACUGGGGAAGGCAGAGAAGCGACAGGAAGUCAAGGAGGCCCUGAGGAAAGCCCAACCACAGCUGGUGAUGUUGCAAGAAACGAAAUUAGAUGCCCAGAAAGAGAAGCUAGCCCAGAAUUUUGCCAAGGCUCUUAAUUUUGAGAGCGUGGUGGUACCUGCAAUUGGGGUUGCUGGUGGACUCUUAACCAUGUGGAAAGCCUCAGCUUUUUCCCUGAUUCGAACUUUCAAGAGGGAUAGGUAUGUAUUCAUAGUUGCCAGAGAUGUUGCUCUGAAUGUAAAUUUGCUGAUUGGUAACAUCUAUGGACCAAGUAUCGAAGGAGAAAGAGAGAUAUUCUUUGCUGAGCUGGGAACCUUUCUUAGCAACUGGCAGGAAGGGUGUGUUUUGGGGGGAGACUUCAAUGCGACCUUGAACGCAGAGGAUAGGAGUGGAGGAUUGGGUGGUCUUGAACUCUCUUUUGGCAGUUUUGUGAAUGAAUGCAGAUUGAUUGAUUUACCCCUCCAAAAUUCAGAGUUUACUUGGUUUAGUCCGAGAAAUGGACGGGUAUGGAGCAGAAUUGACAGGUGGUUACUCAAUGAGAUAGCUUGGUCAUCUCUAGAGGAAGCCAUUCAACGUGUGGAAAAUUGGGGACUCUCAGAUCACAGAGCAGUUUCUCUGGUUAUAGGGCAUUUCAGUUCGGGUCCAAAGCCAUUUAUGUUCUAUAAUAACUGGCUUCUGGACAAGGAUUUUGAGAGAAUUGUACAAGAAUGGUGGAGCACAAAUGCAGUACAGGGGUGGACAGGUUAUGUAUUGCAGAAAAAAUUGAAGGAUUUGAAAGUUAAAAUCAAAGAAUGGAAAGGCCACUCGCAUGCACAUGAGGAGGAAAAAAUCAAGGAGCUAGAAGGGGAAUUACAAAGUGUGAUGGAGAGAUUAGAAGAGGAAGGUGUGACAGAGGAGCUGAGACUUAAAAGGACUCAGAUAAUCAGUGGAUUAUGGGAAGGUUAUAAGAAAGAAGAAUCCAAAUGGCUCCAAAAAUCAAGAGUGAGAUAG